AUGUUGAGACAAAGUAUACGUUCAUUUAGUACGAGUAGUCGUUUGGCAGCACCAGGGAACGCUAUCACAGGGAAAGGUCCAUUAACUAAACCAACCAAAAUUCCAUAUAAUCCUCAAGUUUUCACUAAAGAAAGAGAAGCUCCAUCAUAUGGUAGACCAUUUCCAAUUAAUGUUGAAUUAAAUUAUUAUGCACCAAUUAGACAUGAACAAACACAUGGUAAUCUUGUGGCUACUAUUGAAUUACGUUCUUAUGAUUAUUUAGAUGUUGAAUUUUAUGGUGAUUUUAUUUCAAGAGCUGCAUAUUAUUUAAAAAUUCCAAUUAGUGGUGUAACACCAAAACCUAAAAAAAGAGAAAGAUGGACUGUGAUUAAAGCUCCUUUCGUUCAUGCUAAGACAAAAGAAAAUUAUGAAAGAAUAACACAUGGUAGAAUUAUUAAAUGUUAUGAUUCAAAUCCAGAAGUUAUUGAUUUAUUAGUUUCAUUUUUUAGAAAACAUUCAAUGCCAGGUCUUGGUAUUAAAGUUCAAAGUUAUCAACAAGAAUCUUUAGAAUUUUUGGAAGAAUUAGAUAAAACACCAGGUCAAGAAACUAUUGAUGAUGCUAUUCGUUAUGAAGCUACACAAACUGAAGAUGCAGAAGUUAGAAAGAAGGUUGAAGAAUUAUUAAAAGAUCCAGUUUUCAAACAACAUUUAACAAAUAAUAAAGAUCAAAUAACAGAUAAAUCACAACCAAAAAUUGAGAAAUAG